AUGAAGCAGCGAUCUUCACCCCGCUGGUCUCUAUGCAAGGCCACCGCUUCGCUAGAACUAGUUGCUAGUACAGUAUUUCUAGCAGUGCUCUUCAAUUUCAUCCAAGGCGCCAAAGCACAAUCAUACCCCAACUACUCCCCCGUGAGAUAUCAGCUCCUCCAUACUUACGAAGGUCCCUCAUUCUUCGACCAAUUCAACUACUACUCCGACGACGAUCCAACCAAAGGCUUCGUAACAUACGUCAACAAAAACACCGCCCAUGCCCUCAACCUCACCUCCACAACCUCCACAACAGCCACCCUCCGCGUAGACGCAUCAACCCCAAGCCCUUCCGGCGGCCGCAACUCCGUCCGCGUCGAGUCAAAUAAUACAUACGACUCGGGCCUUUUCAUCUUCGACAUCGUCCACACACCCUACGGAUGCGGGACAUGGCCGGCACUCUGGUUAACGGAUGGUGCUAAUUGGCCGAAAAAUGGGGAGAUUGAUGUCCUCGAGUCUCAUAAUCAUGGCUCGCAUGGUAAUGAGAUGUCCUUGCAUACUACGCCCGGUUGUAGUAUGGGUGGGGAGCGGAGGCAGGUCGGGUCUGCGGUGGAGAGUAAUUGUGAUGUUGGGGUUGGUGGGAAUGCGGGCUGUGCUGUUAUGGGGUAUCGGUCGACUUAUGGAGUUGGUUUUAACGCUGGGGGUGGUGGGGUGUACUCGUUGGAAAUUCGCGACGCAGGCAUCCGGAUAUGGAACUUCCCGCGUUCCUCAAUUCCAGCAGAUAUCCACAAUGGAUCUCCAGAUCCUUCGACCUGGAACACACCGUUGGCCGAUUUCCCCAGUACCAACUGCGAUAUCGCGUCGCAUUUCCGCAACCUGAACAUCGUUGCUAAUAUUGAUCUCUGUGGGGAGUUUGCGGCCAUGUCAUCCCACUAUACUCAGAUGUAUAGUUGUCCGGGAUCGUGCUCGGAUUUUGUGGCAAAUAAUCCGUCCAACUUUGCGGAUGCUUAUUGGGAGUUUGGGGGGAUCAGGGUUUAUAGGGCUUCUUAA